CUUUAUCUUUUUCCUUCCAUUGAUGACCAUGUGUUCUUUCAUAGCCUGCUCGUCGGAUGAUAUUAUGAUGAGACAAUAACACAAUGAAACAAAGUACCAAAUUUCUUUCGUAUACAGUAUAACAGGAAACCUAUCGGACAAAACUGCCCAAGUUAGGCAAAAAUGAAAUGAUGAUAAAAAUAGUAUCAAGCUCGAAAAGAAUGCUGUGAGUGAUAAACCCUGAUAUCCUUGAAUUCACCAUCAGUACAUAAUCGUAAGAAAACCUCGGCAUCCGGACCAUUUACUUUGUCUUUUGCUCCAAACCUUUUCAUUGCAUGAUCCGGACAGUACUGUGGGCGAGCUUCUGCGCGCUGGCUUAUGCUGGCAAUGUGACGUACAAUGUCAUUUCGUUGGAUCCAUCGGGACAUGUAGCGGUUAUUGUCGAUGAUACGAUCUAUAAGUUGCAACCAUCGGCUGUCACUCCGGUACUGUACACUGGCACGGCCCCCGUGGCGCAAAAUGGUUACCAGUAUGCUCGAUUGGAUGGCGACGACAUCAUUGAUCAAGAGUCAUUUAUCAGACAAGUGGCCAACGGUGAUACCACCAAUGAAUUUUAUAACCGUACAUUCAAUGUUCAAGAAUUACCACAGUUGCCCAAAAUUCUUGAUGACGUGCCUAUCAUUGAUCGCAUGAAGUCCCGGCUGCACAUAGAUGGAGUCAUCGCAACGUUUCAUUUUUCGGCUGAUCAAAGUGAGAUUGAGCGCAUGCAUAAUGACACGCUAAAAAACGUCAAAGUGAUCACGGACCUAACAUACAUCCGGAACGACGACAUUGAAACUAUUCCCGGAGUGGAACUUUAUCUGUCCGGACGAAGCUCCCGGUGGUUUUCCAAAGUAUCGUACAAUGUGAAAAUUCCCAAAGGGUAUUCCCUGUUCGGCUAUCGUCGACUGAAACUGCGAUCGCUUGCCACCGACCCGUCGUAUAUUCGCGAACAACUCGGCUACGAUGUAUUGCGUUCCGUGGGUUUGCCUGCAACCCAAUUUUCAUUCGCUAGGGUUGGUAUCAAUGGCCAACCGCUUGGACUCUUUGGAUUGAUCGAAGCUUACAAGAACCCUUGGUUAAAGAAUGAAUUCGCAGAUGGCAAAAAGUAUACACCCGGUAUCCUUUAUCAAGGAGGCAGCCCGUCGUUGGAAGGCAUGCUGUACUCACCACCGGCGGAUCUCGCGUUCCACGGGUACAAUGCGUCGGACUACGUCAACUUUAGGAUAUCAGAAGGCCCGAAGAAAAGUAAAGGAGAGCCGGAUUUUACACCUUUGAUCGAACUGGCCGAGUUCAUUGAUGACGCGCCGACCGAAGGCUCCGAUGCUGCGGCUGUUUGGGACGAAGAGUUGGAUACGGAAAUCGUCAUUCGAAAUAUGGUGAUAGAAAUUCUGCUAGGGUUUGCUGAUGGAUACAUCGUCAGCAGUAACAACUAUUUUCUGUACGAUAAUCCAGACGAUGAUCGGUUUGUUUACUUGCCUUCUGAUCUGGACAUGACAAUGGGUUCAACCUUUUUGGACUUUGCUCCCAUGUUGAGCGGCAACUAUGAAGACUAUCCUGGGUUCCUCGAACGGCCCCUGCUGAAACUGCUGUGGGUGCCUGAGUUCAGACACCAAUUCGAGAAAUUGCUUCUGAAAGUAUGUGAAGAAUUGUUAAAUCCUGAGGUUCUCAAUAGUCGCAUCGAUGCUCUUAUUGAUUUGGUGAGAGAAGACGUGGAAUGGGACAAAACACUACCGCGUUUAAACGACCGCUUUGAUUGGAAAUACAUCUUUGACAUUGUAUCGAAGCAUCCCAAUAUGGCUCCCGCCUACGACAACGGCACUAAUCAUCAAUUCAUUACACGCGUCUUUUCCGAAUCUGUAUCGCUGGACGAAGCUGUCAAUGGUCCCACCACUCAUGAAUCUCUUAUGAGCAUCAAAGAAUGGUUCGCCAUGAAGAUUGACGCCACUGUUACCUUUCUCAAAACUUACUCUUACGAUCUGUAAUCAUUCGCAUCUAUUCAUCAUUCAUUCAUUAUGUCAUUAUCAAUUUUUUUAUCUAUUUCUCAUUUUCAAAU